UUGGGCUUCUUCUGCUUUUGCUUCAAGGGUCUACUAUAUCUUUCAUUUACUACACAAACUACAAGCCUUCAUUUCCGCAUCUCGCACUAAUACGACCGGUUUUAACCAACUCUUCACCUCAACAAGAAAAAUGAAGACGACUUUCUUGCUCGCCCUGCUCUCAACGGCAGUCUCUUUUGCCGCCGCCGACAUCGUCAUCACGCCGGUAUUCGCGGACCAGGUUGUGCAGAAGCAGGCUGGAGAUUGCUUCUUUGGCGUUGUAACGCCUCAGGGAUGCGCACCUCAACGAGGAUGAGAGAAAUGAUGUGCACGCUCUGCAAAAAAAUGUACACGCACACACAAAGAUUGCACACAAAUCAUGAGGCAGUCUCACCCACGCGUCGAUAUACGACGCAAUGAAAUGGGGCACGAAUUUAAUCCAAACGUCAAAUCAU